CACGGGGGCGCCUGGGAGGCGGGAACGCAGCUCCGGAGCCGACCGGAGCUGGACCCGCCCUCAACCCGGCGGGAAAACCUUGAGGAGAAAUUUUCUUUUUUUAAACAUUAAGAAAUUUGAGGAUGGUGGGGCAGAACAGCUAAGUCCAAUUUGCCUGUGAGUCCUUAGGCGGAAAACUGUCAAAAUCUGUGGAUAAAUUCAUUACAUAAGAAAAAGGAUGGCAUCUAAAAUAAAUACCAGUUUCACUUUGAUUCCCAACCAGAAAUAUAGACGUAGUAAUCGUCGACCCAGCAGCUAUUUUUCCAACACCCUUGGCUCAGAUUCUCAGCCCUUAUCAACGCUUGGAAAUUUUAAAGCCUUGCCAUUGGAAAUAUUCCAAAUAAUCUUAAGAUAUUUAUCAGUGAAGGAUAUCAGCAUGCUAAGCAUGGUGUCCAAAACAGUCAGCCAGCACAUUAUUAAUUAUAUUUCAACCUCGUCAGGAAGCAAACGACUUUUACUACAGGAUUUUCAUAACCUUGAGCUGCCUAGCAAGAGACAAGACUCUGCCAUACUGGAACAUUACAGAUCUCUAGGUCUGCUGUUUAAAAGAUGUACGUUGCUGCUGCCCACAAGGGAAAGACUAAAGUACAUUCACAAAAUACUGGCAGAAGUUUCCUGUUUUAAAUUCAAUGGCUGUGCAGUUCCUAUCCAAUGUUUAGGAUUACCAUGUUAUGGCAUAUUUUUACAGACCUUAACGGCAGGUUGGGAUGGACUCGAGUGCCAUCGUGUGUAUAACUUCUUAUGUGAGCUGACUAAUCUCUCCCGCAAGAUGCAGACCGUUGUCUGCAGCAAACCAGGAAGUGCCCGAAAACUGGAGUUAAGGAUAAGACUGUUCUGUAGGAACGUCCUGCUUGAUCAUUGGAUACAUCGGAGUGAUUCUGCUUUUUGGUUGACACGUAUAUUAAAACCAUGGCCAAUGGUGAAUCAGGCAAGAUUAUUAUAUAUCAUCUUCGGACCAGUAUCUCCUCAAGAUGGACAGGUGGUUUGGCAGAAAAUGAUAGAAGGACCUACAGAUGAAUCCAGCCUGAAAGGUUUGGCUGAUGCUAUUAAAUUACUGUAUGACACAGGCACCAAAGAGUGGACAGCAGAUGAUGUUAUCAGUCUUGUAGAUGAACUAUCAGUGGUUCCCCGUGAGUGGCUCCUAGAGAAUAAUGCACGUCUCCUAAUCCUAAGUGGAAACAACAUCUGUUUCACUUUCAUGGCGAGUAAAGCUGUGAAUGGACGGGCCAUUGAACUGGCAAAGCUGAUAGUCUUUUUGGCUUUGGUUUGUGAGAAAGAAUUAUACUGCAUGGAUUGGGCAGUUAAAAUGAUGCAAAAAGUCUGUAAAGUCUUUAGCACUCCCAUGGAAAGAAAUAACUUCCUGCAGAGUGUGGCGAAUGCAUUUGCGUGUGUUAUAAUGGAAAUGCUCCAGUCGAUCAUGUCCGGAGACCGUGACGAAGAUGACAGAAGCUUUCUGAAUUUGUUCCAUCUUGUGCAUGCUCAGGCAAACUUCCAUAAGGAGGUCUUGUAUUUGAGCAUGAAUACUCUUUCUACCUAAAUACUCAGGAAGUCUUGCAUUUCGAGAAUACCUCACCGAAGAAAUAAUCGGAAGAGGUGCUACUUUUCCACAGCCAAAGAAUAGCAUCCAUGGGACUUUUUAUGACCUAAGUAACCUAAAAACUCCAAAGCUGCACAGAAUUUUAGAAGCAAUUGCUUGUACCAUUAUUAAUAUAAAAAUUACAGGCAAACCCAAGAGUGUAUUGAGAUUUCUCCAGAAAACAAGCUGUGCCUUUCCAGAUUUUGGUAAACCUAACCCCCAACUACAUAGAGCAUUAGUGCCCAAUUGGGGGCCAACCUGUAUGUGUUAGAUGUUGGAAGCAAGGGAAAAUUCUCUUUUGUAAGUAGAGGUGACUCAAAUUCAUUAAGUGGCUUCUAUAUGUUCACUUUGCCUAGGUCGUGUAGACAUAACCUAGUAUGCUUUAUAAAGAACUAUAAUAUGAUGCUUUGGAAUGUGCACAUAGAAAUCACAUUUUUUACCACCUUAUGGCAUAGAACAUUAUAUUUUGUUGAUGUUUUAUGUGAACUAACAGAUCAAAAACUAAAGGAAGUGUGUGUAUAUAUAUAUUCAUAUGUAUAUAAGUAUGUCUGUAUAUUUCUAUACAUACGAACACACACACACACACACACACACAAACACACACACACACAUUUCCUUCUUUAAGACAAAAGUCUAUAAAAAGAGGAAAGUAUAUGUUGUCUUAAUACAAUUAAGUCAUCUUUUAUUCCUUCCUGGAGAUUAGAGUAAAAUGUUGCAAAUAAAGGAGAAUAUAAAAUGAAAGAAAGUACCCAUUCUCCUGCCAGAACAAUCUUCACAAAUAAUUUGCACUUCUUCCUAAAGCUUUCCUCUCUCUCUUCAAGAGUGGGGUUUGAGGGAACCCAGAAGCAGCAUGCAUAGGGAGGGCGGCCCUGAGAGAGUGGGGUUUCACUCCAGUAAAUGCAUUCCAAAGAUGCUCCAGACUAUUUCAGUCUGACUAGCAUUUACCCACCACUUUUACUAUUAAAAUAGAAAUGAACAGUAUCUCAUGGAGUUGAAAUCAGGGGCUGGGGCCCUCCCAUU